AUGUCUUCUAACACUAAUACUGAUAUCUGGCUUGCCGGCGCAUUUGCUGCUUUCACUGUCGACCUACUUGUCUACCCAUUAGAUACUUUAAAGACGCGACUUCAAUCAGAAGACUACCAAAAGUUGUACAAAAAUGUCGAUGGCACCUCCAAGCGCACUCUCUUCCGUGGGCUUUACCAAGGUGUGGGCUCCAUCAUCCUCAUCACGAUCCCAUCCUCCGGCGCAUUCUUCACCACCUACGAAGCUCUCAAAUCCGGCAUAAAUGCCGCCGUUCCGCCCAACUCGACACUAUACCUCCCUCAACCUGCCGUACAUGCUGCCGCCAGCGCUGGCGCUGAAUUAGUGAGCUGUGCGAUUUUGACACCAGCCGAGGUUCUCAAGCAAAAUGCUCAGAUGUUGAGUUCAGGGAAACGAGGGUCUACAUCGUUGCAGGUGCUCCGGCAAUUUAGGAGCAACCCGGCGCGACUAUGGAGGGGAUACACUGCUUUGGCUGCGCGAAAUCUUCCUUUCACCGGCCUUCAGUUUCCCAUCUUCGAAUACUUGAAGGAGCGUUUUAUGAAGAGUAGGAAGGCGAAGAAAGGCGGCGAUCCGGUUGACGGCAUAGCCGAGCGCGCCUGGAUCACUGCCGUGAGUGCUGGUAUCGCCGGAAGCGGGUCUGCAUGGAUCACCACACCUAUCGAUGUUGUAAAAACAAGAAUCAUGUUGGCUGCAGGUUCUGGUGACGACCCUGUACCGUCCAGACCUGACGCAAAGUCCAAAGCAACGACCCUGCUAUACCAAGGUGCUCAAGGCGCUCGUAAAAGUGGUUUUACUGUUGCGCGGGAGAUCAUUGGUAAAGAAGGCAUUCGCGGACUUUUCCGCGGUGCUUUACUUCGAGCGGGUUGGACUGCUCUGGGGAGUGGUCUCUACCUGGGUUGCUAUGAAGGAGGUAGGUUCUAUCUCGAAGGCAGAAGGGAGAGCAUCAACGAAGGAGAUCACGUCAUGGAGCGAGACUGGUCGAAAGUCAAGGUCGGUGUUGGUGGAAGCCGAUCUCAUGAUACCGUCAAAAAGAGUGCCUGGCAGGAGGACUGA